UCAGCCCCUCCCCAGGGACUCCCACUCCCUCCCCAGUGCAUCCCAGUUCCCCCAGCCCUUCUCUAGUGGGUCCCAGUGCCCCCAGCUCUUCUCCAACAGGUCCCAGUUCCUCCCUAGGUAUUCCCAGUCUCUUCUCGGUGUGUUCCAGUGGCCCCAGCCCCUCCCCAAGCACUCCCAGUCCCUCCCCAGUGUGUCCCAAUGCCCCCAGCUCUUCUCCCACUGUUCCCAGUCCCUCCCUGGGUACUCCCACUCCUUCCCCAGUGCGUCCCAGUCCCUCCCCAGUGUGUCCCAGUGCCCCCCCAGUGUGUCCCAGUGCCCCCAGCCCUUCUCCGGUGGGUCCCCGCACCUCCCCAGGGACUCGCAGUCCCUCCCCGGUGGGUCCCAGUCCCUCUCCAGUGUGUCCCAGUGCCCCCAGCUGUUCUCCAGUGGGUCCCAGUCCCUCCCCAGGGACUCCCAGUCCCUCCCCGGUGGGUCCCAGUGCCCUGGUGACGGGCUGGGUGCCGCAGCGCUUCAGGUGCCGGCCCGGCUGAUGUCGGCGGAGGCGGCGGAGCGGCGUUCGCCCGGCCGCAGCUUCGAGACGCUGCGGGUGACGCCGGAGCGGGACCACGUCCUGCACGUGGAGCUCCACCGCCCCGAGAAGAGGAACGCCAUGAACGUGGCAUUCUGGAGGGAGAUGGUGGAGUGCUUCCAGGACAUCAGCCAGGACACGUCCUGCCGCGCCGUCGUCAUCUCGGGCGCCGGGAAGAUCUUCACGGCUGGGAUCGACCUGAUGGAGAUGGGCAGCGACUUCCUGAUGGUGGAGGGCGAGGACAUGGCCAGGAAAGCCUGGAACCUGCGGCGGAAAAUCUGCGAGUACCAGGAGACCUUCUCGGUGCUGGAAAAGUGCCCGAAGCCGGUGAUCGCGGCGGUGCACGGCGCCUGCAUCGGUGCAGGUAUCGAUCUCAUCUCUGCCUGCGACAUCCGCUACUGCACCCAGGACGCCUGGUUCCAGGUGAAGGAGGUGGACAUCGGGCUGGCGGCCGACGUGGGCACCCUGCAGCGUCUCCCGAAGAUCAUGGGUAGCCAGAGCCUCGUCAACGAACUGGCCUUCACCGCCCGCAAGAUGAUGGCCCCCGAAGCGCAGAGCUCCGGCUUGGUGAGCCGGGUUUUUGCCGACAAGGAGACGCUGCUGCAGGGAGCCUUGGAAGUGGCCGCCACCAUCGCGGCUCGGAGCCCCGUGGCCGUGCAGGGCACCAAGGUGAACCUGAUCUACUCGCGGGACCACCCCGUCUCCGAGGGCCUCCGUUAUGUGGCCACCUGGAACAUGAGCAUGCUGCAGACCGAGGACAUCCUCAAGUCGGCGCAGGCGGCGAUGGAGAAGAAGGGUCCCGAGGACAUCCCCUUCUCCAAGCUGUAGGGCCACCGCGGCCCCCCCCCGACAAUAAAUCUGGCUGUCCCCA